AAUCGUCCAUCUUUCUCCACAGUUAGCCAUCAUACGACAUCGAAACACCACACCACCGUUCACCACCGCCGCCACCACCACCACCACCAGCACACACUACACCUCCAGCACCAGCACGGGAUAUAAAGAAACUCCACAGGAGAAGCAGAAGAAGAAAAGAUGUCGGCAUCACUCGCGCCCGAAUGCUCCGAGCGAAAGGAGCGCUACGAUACGUGCUUCAUCAACUGGUAUUCGGAAAAGUACCUACGCGGCUCGACCGAGCCCUCAAAGGAAUGCGAAGAGCUGUUCAAGGAAUACAAGACGUGUCUCAACAAGGCGCUUAAGGAGAAGGGAAUCUACAACAUGAUUGAGGACGCGAGGAAAACUAGCCCCAAUGGGGGUGGUGGGGGUGUGAGGGCGUAGUGAGACGGGCGGGACGGGCACGCGGCGUAUGGGAGUUUGCUUUACGAUGCUUUUGGGGGAUAUACAUACACGGGCAUUUGGGGGGAGUAAUGCGGGGGGAUGGUGAACGGACGGUGAACGGGGACGCGGACGGGGACGGCGGACGCGGACGGGGACGGCCAUGGUCAUGGUCAUGGUCAUGGUCAUGGCUAGUAUAUAAACGUAUAUUCUCUUCUCAAAUCGUCGUCCCAAGUCCUAGUGUACCUAUGCGUGACACGGUCCGUCCCGGUUUCGGUGCCGAC